AUGUCAAAAUUUUUUCAAAAUAAAGUAGUUUUGGUAACUGGUGCUUCGAGUGGAUUCGGAAAAGCUAUCGCUCUUCAAUUUGCAGAGCAUGGUGCAUUGUUGGCAUUGACAGGGAGGAAUAAGGUGAAUUUGGAAAAAGUUGCGACAGAAUGUAAAAAUAAAGGAGCGAAAGAUGUUUUGAUGAUAUUGGCAGAUUUUGGAAAAUUAGAAGAAAUUAAAAAUGUUGCGGAAAAAACUAUCGAAAAAUAUGGAAAACUUGACGUUUUAGUCAACAAUGCCGGUGUUGUACAAUUUGGAAAUCUGGAAAAUUCCAAAUUAGAAGAUCUGGAUUGGCAAUUAAACAUCAAUGUUAAAGCCGUCGUUUAUUUGACACAAUUAUUAAUUCCUCAUUUAGUAAUAUCUAAAGGAAACAUCGUAAAUAUCUCUAGCGUUAGCAGUACAAUGCAGUUUCCUCAAGCCUUGUUUUAUGGGUUGACAAAAUCUGCUUUGGACCAAUUCACGAAAACGAUUGCUCUUGAGUACGCUCCUAAAGGUGUUCGAGUCAAUUCUGUGAAUCCUUCUGUAGUCCCAACAGCUCUCCUUCGAACUGUACCUGGCGGAAUUCCCGAUGACGCAACUUAUGAAAAGGUUUCCUCGGUCCAUCCUAUUGGUAGAAAUGGAACAGUGGAUGAAGUAGCAAGUGCUGUGUUGUUUUUGGCAUCUGAUUCGUCAGCUUGGACCACUGGGCAAUGUUUAAUGCUCGACGGAGCAAGAUCACUCAAUGUAAAAUAAGUGCACCAAUCAAGUCCAUGCAUUUGAAACAAAUACCUUGCCAACUAAUCCCACGCCCGACAUUGACUGGUGACCGGAUGAGAAGCCAUGGUUCGCCAUAUGAUUGAGCCGUCUUAUCGACUUUCUUUUCCCUCUGAAAUAAUAUAU